AUGGGCCUCCUGAGGCAUUCCCAGCUGGCCAAAGAUUCCGAGGAUGUUUCCUCCAGCGACAGGAAAAUGUCCAAGUCCUCUUUGAACCAGAGCAAGAAACGGAAGAAGCGGCGGCACAGGACAAUCUUCACUUCCUACCAACUGGAGGAACUGGAAAAGGCCUUCAAUGAGGCCCAUUAUCCUGAUGUCUAUGCCAGAGAGAUGCUGGCCAUGAAAACAGAACUGCCUGAAGACAGGAUACAGGUGUGGUUCCAGAACCGCCGGGCCAAAUGGCGAAAGCGGGAGAAGUGCUGGGGCAGGAGCAGCGUGAUGGCUGAAUAUGGGCUCUAUGGCGCAAUGGUACGGCACUCCAUCCCACUGCCAGAGUCUAUUCUCAAAUCUGCCAAGGACGGCAUCAUGGAGUCCUGCGCCCCUUGGCUACUGGGGAUGCACAAAAAGUCUCUGGAGGCAGCAGCUGAGGCAGGAAGGAAGACAGAGGUGGAGCGCCCCGCCCUGCCCAAGCUUGACAAGAGUGACAAGGAAGAGAGGGGCCCGGAUCCCAAAACCACCAUUUCCCAGGAGGAACUGAGAGAGAACAGCAUUGCUGCCCUCAGGGCCAAAGCUCAGGAGCAUAGCACCAAAGUCCUGGGGACCAUCCCUGGGGACUCCCCAACUCCCGUCAGGAAGCCAGAGAAAGAGGAAGAGGAGGCAGCAGCAGAGGAUGAGAGACAAACGGAGAAAUCAAAUUCAUCACAAAAGGAGGAGAAGCUGAUCUAGGGGAAAAGAGAUGAUGGAAAAUGGCCCCAAAAGACUCUCUUCCGGGGGCUGCAGCCUCCCCUCAGACUGACAAGGCCCCUCCUGCAGCCCCUGCCCAGGGAGUGAGGCCUCUCAUGGUCUCUGCAUUUCAGGAAGCCACAGGCUCAGGCCAAGUUUUGCCUGUCAGGUGUGUCCAGAGACUGUUCCCCUCAGGGGUAUUCCAACUCCAUUCCCCACUCUGCCCUCAGGAGUCUUCCUGCUUCCACCUCUCCCCCCCUUUCUGGGAGAUCAGAAACUGUCCCCAUCUUCAUCUGAGAGGAAACUGAAGCCAGUUGAGGCUUUGGGUCCCUCUGCACUAGCCUCAGAACCACUUUGGGUUUCUCUGACCUGGUCCAAAUUGUCCAGUCUCAAGAGCGAGUCUGAGUCCCACUUCCACCCAAACUCAUAUCAGAGCAAGGCUGCUCCUGCUCCAGUUUCACCCACCCCCAGGCACUGGGUCAGUCUGUCCCCAGCUGCAGUCCCACUUGUCUCCGUGCAACACUCUGCUCUUGCCUGAGUUCCACCAACUUCCAGCCUCUGGGCAAGUCCCUUCCCAACCAUUACUCCCACCAGAAAACCUGCUGUUGGCCAUCAGCAGGAGAGGCUGGGACACCCUUCCAAGCAG